CGUUAAUUUUCACACAGAUCACAGUGAAUGCAGCGUGAUCUGCAAGAAGCAUGGCACAUGGCAUUUUUUAAAACCACUUUCUUUUUGUUUGCAUUUAUUUGACAAAUAUAGCGACACGAAUAUUGGUGUCAAACCUUUCUUCCUGGAUAAGACUAUUAAAACCAUAAGAUCUAAAAAAAAAAAAAAAAAAAGACUAUACAAUAUGUAAUAAUAUAGAUUUUAACCCAUUAGCUGACCUACAGUACUUGAGAAUAAAUGCCAUAGCAGAUCGACGUAAACAUUUAAUAAAAAGAAAAAUUUCUCGUUGGGUUUAACAGAACAUCUAUUAGUAUUUUAAUCUGAUUUAAAGUCCUUAUUCUAAUAUGAUUAGCAUUGUUAUUUAUAAAUUUGUGAACGAAGCGGCCCUUCCAGCUGUUGCAUGAUGUCACCAUAACCCUGAAGAGUGAAGAGACCGCCUUUAGCCCCGCCCACCAAAGGAGCAUUAAAAAAAACUCCUAGGUGUUCUGAUAAUGUGCUCUACUUUGUCGUAGUCCUGCCGUAGUGUUCACACACAUACAACCGACCCUAACUUGACUCCGAAGUGAAGAACGCAUGCGCUUCGCGGGGCCAGCUGGAUGAGUAGUGUGACUCACCAGAGCUCCUGCUGGAAAGUUUACUUGUGAAGCCACAUGGCCGGGCCAUGUUCCGUGUUUUAGUGCAGAGUGUAUUUUUACAAAGAAUCCUGCAGUAUGUAAUGCGUGAUUAGACAAUGUUCCUGUUUUCUAGGUUUCUGUAAAUAUGCUGCCGAGUCGUUCCCCGCCACACGACUGGCUUAGCGAGUCGGAACCGCUGCUGUUCGACGACGAGUUUUGCCAGAACUUAAUCAAGGACCUGCAGUCGAUCCCCACGCCGCCGCAGUCUCCGCCGAUCAAGGCCGGCCUCGGCAAGUCCAUGUCCGGGGUCGACCAGCUCGAGUUGGUGUCGGAGCUUUUGCUCGAGGACAGCGACUUUUUUCACUUGAAAUGGAAUUGUGAUUUAGCCGACGAUCGUACGAGGUAUUCCGUCUCGGACGAGAAAAUGUCCGUCCUGUCUACGAGCCCUUUGCUUUCGGAUAUCGAUACUGAAAUCUUUGCCGAGAUCGUCGGUUCGACGCUGGAUUGUGGCGGCGCUGCGGCCGUGUGUGAGGCGCUGAUGCAGGGCGAUAACUUACUCCUGGACACCCCGGAGCUGACCGAGACCACCUCUGAUUACGGCUCGCUGUCCGCGCCUGGAGAAUCGACCAGCGAUUCUGAGGAGGAGAUUGAUGUGGUAACUGUUCGCCAAAGCAACAUAUUUACUCGCUCACAGCAGCAGAAAGAUGACCGGCAUGAGCAGCAGCAGGCACUGAAACGCUGUCACCUUGAGAUCCAGCAGCAGCACAACUAUGCUGCUCCUAGGCCUGCUUCGCCUCCACCUCCUUUGCCGAGUACAAAACGUGUUCGCGGAAAUAUGAAACACUACAACUCCCGCCACUCCUGUGAUCUGGAAGACGGUGAGGAGCGUCGCAGGACCCAUAACGUUAUGGAGAGGCAACGACGCAAUGAGUUGAAGAAUUGCUUCCUACGUUUGCGUCAUCACGUGCCUGAGCUAUCUAACAAUGACAAAGCAUCCAAGGUAAUGAUACUGAAACGAGCUAAGGAGAGCAUCCGCAACCUAGAAUCAGAGGGACAGAAGCUCAGUCAGAAGAGAGACCGGCUGAGAGACAAACAGAAACAGCUAAAGGCCAAACUUGAGCAGCUAAAACGUUGUUGAGGCUUUUGAAGAAUGUUCUGGGACUUGAUACAGCUGGAAUUCUGUAUAAGGCAUGGCCAGCAUUCAUAGACUUUCAUGGUGAUGCUGUACCUGAACAUUGCAGCACUAUUUACCAACUGUUCAUCUCUAAGGAGAUGGCUGGAUUUUUUUUCCUUAGCUUUUAUUCAUUUCCUUUUUGGAAAUACGAAACUUCAAUGCAAAAAUUGCUCUCAGUAGUACUUUAAAGCUAUGCCAAAAUUAUUAGUCUUUUAAGAAUUACAAUUUUCUGGACAAUAUUAUGUUUAUUUUAACCCUUUUAUAGUGUAAACCACCAUUAACCUGUAUAAUUUGUGGCUCCUUAUAAUCAGUGAACCUCUUUCUCACACACAGUCAUUGUAAAUGAUCAAGUGCUACUGAUGUAUGAUUUUUGGCUGGAUCCAAAAAUGUUAAAAUUUCUAAGGAUGAAUGUGAUGUGUGAUUUCCUGGUAAGAUAUUGAUCCCUGUUGUAAUACAGUCCAGGCGUUUAUAUCCUGGAUUGUCCACCAGUCUCAUAUUUGCAUUAUCAUUUAAAGUUGGAAGAGUCAUUCAAAAAUGAGUUCAUAUUUGAACCUCACUUUCUAAUGUAUUAAAUACAAUAGAUUUUUUUCUUAUCUACCUCUGCCAAGGAGACUGGGAUGAUUAUUAUUGCCUUCAUAAUGGCAACUGUAUGGGAUUUGGGUAUUUUGUCAGUUUAUUAAUUAUGUAACAUAAAUUAUUUUUUUUGAAAAAUUGAAAGUGUUUUUUUUCUAUGCCGCACUUUUUAUAUUUCUAUUAAAAAGUAGACAAUAUUGCUAUUCUAUCAAAGUUGUUUCCUUGUGCAUUUUACAAUCAUGACUACUUGUAUGGAAAGAUUAAGACAUUAAGAUCUCAUUGUGAUAGCAUAAUAUAAUUUCAUUUUAAGAUGUGUAUAUGGCAGGAGCUUUUUUGUCAGGUUGAUGGCUAUUAUUUAACUGCUUAAGAGCUUAUUAUUCAAUGUAGUGGGUCAGUAAGACUGGGAAUGUCAGUUUGGCAAAUAGCUUAUCAGAGCCCAAUUGAAUCAACUAAAUCAUUUUAGUCCUAGAU